CCUUAGGCCAGAAGGCUCCAAAGGGGAGGGGAUGAAAUUGAGGGGGUAACUUAUCUGCAUCUCCAGACCGGCUCAUAUUUCGGGGACACACUGUGCGCUGUGGACCUGAACAGAGAUGGGACCACAGACCUGGUUCUGAUCGGAGCCCCCAUGUACCACACACCUCGGACUGGAGGACAGGUCCAUGUCUGUCUGAUUGACUGGCCGGGGGCGAUGCUGAUCUGCACCAAGACCCUGCAGGGGCAGUCUGGGCAGGUGUUUGGGCACUUCGGGGCCAGCAUGUCUGAAAUUGGGGACAGACAGACGGACGUGUCCAUUGGGGCUCCCACGGAGAACGACAAUUUCACGACUUUGUACAUCUUCCAUGGGGAAAAGGGAGGCCUCAGUCCCCAGUACAGACAGCGCAUAGGGGGGGCGCAGUUCCCCAGCAGGCUGCACUACUUUGGCCAGGCCGUCAGUGGCGGGACAGACCUGACGGGGGAUGGGCUGCCGGACAUCGCGGUGGGAGCACAAGGGCAGGUCCUGCUGCUGAGAUUAGCUCUCCCUGUCCACCCUCCUCCAGCCAGAGCUGCAGCAAGAGGAAACACCCGUCUGUCAUCAAACACAGCGGCCUGCAGCCAUGUG